AUGUAUACUUCCGUCCCGCCUCCCGGUCAAAAUGGCGGAGAUUCCGUUGAUCCCGUUUAUCCUUUUCCUGAAACAUCCAAUGGCCAGUAUCAGCGUCCACAGCCGUAUCGAUUCAAAGCCCCGGUAAGUGUUUUCUUAUGAUCUUUGAAGACAUUGACGAAUUUAGGCACGACAAGAAGAUCUUAUGGCCGACGGCCCAGGCCGGAGGUUAAGAAAGAAUGUUGCGAAUGUUAGGAAACACAUAGACUAUGUGGCCAAUUGUCUUCGAAUGGCCGAUGUAAGUGGAGUUGCUGACGGUUUACUUUUAGAAGUAUCUUUGCGAAUAACGAAUAUUCUAAAUAUUUUUAUUUUAGGAGCGGCUUUAUCAAUAUGGAAAGCGGGAUCGGAAGGUCGUUCAACCUGACAUUAUCUAUCAGGCCCACAUUCUUCCUCCUUGCUCAACACUAGAUGUUCCCGUAGAUUGUGUCCUGACGAAAUUUGUCCGAGCAGCGAUGAACAAAAUCAAGUGUCCAGUAUAUAGUAUAUGUGUAAAUUAAUUUCUUUCUUUUUGGCUUUUAGGAACUGUUUAUCAAAGAAUAAGAAGGCUUCUUGUUUCAGUGGACACCGGAGGGCAAACGAUUGAUAACUGGGGCAUCUUCUGGGGAAUUCACGUUGUGGAAUGGUAGUGCAUUCAAUUUCGAGACCAUUCUUCAAGCCCAUGAUGUCGCUAUUCGCUCUCUUAAAUGGUCUCAUAAUGAUAUGUGGAUGGCUUCAGGGGAUCAAGAUGGAUUUGUAAAAUAUUGGCAACCGAAUAUGAACAAUGUUCACAUGUUUCACGCGCAUAAAGAUGAACCAGUGAGGUCGAUUAGGUAGGAUAAUACUUUUUUAGGCCAUUGCUUGUAGACUCCAAAAAUAAGCUUGAUUAUUUUAGUUUCGCCCCGACAGAUGUUAAGUUAGUGACAGGAUCGGACGAUGGAACAGCGAGGAUAUGGGAUUUUGCUCGGUCGGAACAGGAACGAGUCUUAAGCGGACAUGGAGCAGAUGUCAGAUCCGUAGAUUGGCAUCCCACAAAGGGUCUGAUUGCCACUGGGUCCAGGGAUUCUCAACAGCCGGUUAAGAUUUGGGAUCCAAAGACUGGUAAUUGUUUGGCGACAUUGUAAGUUUAGAUAUUAUUUUUGAUUGAUUUCUGAUUUUAGACAUGAUCACAAGAACUCAGUGACCGCUGUGGAAUGGAAUAAAAAUGGAAAUUGGCUGCUAAGUGGGUCGAGGGAUCAUGUCAUCAAGUUGUAUGACAUCCGAAUGCUCAAGGAGGUCCAAACAUUCAGAGGACACAAGAAGGAAGUCACAUGUAAGUUUAGUAUAAUAAAUCAGGUGUCUCCGAUUUUUUUGUUUUAUGAUAUCUCUUUCAGCGAUUGCCUGGCAUCCAGUCCAUGAAGGUCUGUUCGCUUCCGGAGGUGGUGACGGAUCAUUAGGAUACUGGAACGUCUACAGCGACAAAGAAUUGGCGCUUUUGGAGAGUGCCCACGAUCAAGCAGUCUGGUCGAUCCAAUGGCAUCCACUCGGACAUAUUUUGGCCACAGGCUCCAAUGAUAACAAUACAAAAUUCUGGGCGAGAAAUAGACCCGGGGACACACAAGAGGAUAUAUUUGGGUUGGUUUACAACUCUGGAAUUAAUUUGGCCGCGAUUACUUCAACAACAAAGCAAGACGGGCAAACAGAGAUGAAGAAAAAGGAUGAAGUGGAAUUGGCCAAGGAUGGACCUAAAGGACCGAUAAUUCCGGGUAUGAAUUUGUGGGUCUAUCGUGUUUGAGGUCGAUUUUAAUUGUGUUGGUUUUAAAUUUUAUUAUUUUAGGUAUGGGAUUAGAUGACGAUAUUUAUGAAGCGAUGAAUACUGAUCUUUCGGUGCCCGCCAUGGUGGUUGUUGAUGACUCUAAUCCUGAUAACAAUAAGAAUGUAAGAAUUUUGUCUCUUGUUGAUUGUGUUAUAUCGCAUGUCAUCGUUAUUUGUGAUGUUUUAGGGCCCAAAGCGUCCUCAAAUUAUGAAGCAACCCCCACCUAAAAAGGCACAACGCCAGUUCGAAAGGAUAUGGAACAUCAGCAAGCCAGGUGCUGAUUCCGAUGGAAUGGGAGAUUACGGGAUGGAUGAACCCUCCUAUAACAACGUCCCGCCCCCUGGACCUUCACUUAUGGGCGCUUCUUCUAAUGGAUGGAACAAUGUUGGGAGUUUAUUAGGCCCCUCAGGGUCUGAAGGUCCUCCCCCACCACCCUCAGGCCCUCCUCCAGUCAGUCAUGAUUAUCAAAUGAAUCCCAUGAAACCUCCAUUUCCCCCAAAUUCUUGGCGAAAUGGUCCUCCUCCUCCGAAUAAUCCGGGUCCUCCACUUCCCCGACCUCCAAGACCAGUCUAUCAGGGGAAUUCCUGGAGGAACAACAACUGGAAUGGUAAUAAUAAUAACAACCAGCGGUACUAAGUUCCCCGUUAUUAUCGAGUACUGUAAUUUCGAAUAAUUUUAUGAAGAGUAAACAGGCAUUCAUAGACGUUUUAAAUGUUAAAUUGAGAUUGGUUUUGCAAACCGUUAUCCUCGGUCGGCUCUUUCACAAGGCAUUUGAUGAUUAUGAAUCGGGUUUCCUUUGUUCGGCGCUGAUUCAAAAUGAUUACCGUCGAGUAUUUUAUAAAAAUAAGAUUUGCCGCCACCCCCAAUGUUUUUGAAGCCGCCGCGGAUUCCAGCGAGCGAGAGAGGGCGCAGACAUUUGUGGCCUUUGAUCAGCCCCAAGCCGCCGCCCUUUAAUGGACCCGAGCCGAUGAAGAAGAAGGAAAAGAACGCGGUUUCGAAUGGACGCCGCCCUCUCCUCCCUUGCCUAGCCCUGCGCAACUCCGCGAUCGCGCUGUGAGAACGCGGUCUUCGCUCUUUCUUUGACUCCGAAUUUGAAUUUCAGGGAAGAACGCCCACUAAAAUACCUGAAUUUGGACGGGAUUCCGAACACCGCCUUUCUUUGUUUUUUGGCAGAGAUUUGAGUGGGAAUUCCAUCGUUUACUCUUCCUAGAUUUUGUGAAUUCGGCGAAGAUCUGGGAGAUUGCUUGCUAUGCCAAAACCAAACUUCUUUAGACGAUUAUUGGGGAAGAAAGAGCGCGAUGAAUCAGAUGAAUAUGAUGACGUGAGUUGAUUCUUUUGGAGUAUUUUAGAAUUUGGUCCUUUCCUUUCACUCUAAUCCUUCUAAUUUUUAGGAUACUCUCCAUACCCGGAGGCGUCCCGCCGCGUCCAGUCGAAUAAAUCAAACCUUUUUGGUCCCAGAAAGAAACGAGAAUUACCCUCGGGCGACCAAUCCUUAUCAUACCAACAAAAUUGUGUCCUACAGAAAGGGUACCCGCAGUUGUGUUUCGGGCCGGGGACUGGACGAUCCCACGUCUGAUAGCGAUGAUGAUGUCGCCUCUGUGCACACUGAAGUCAAGAGUUAUCGUUCCGCCUCCAGAAGACAGAAUAAGAGUUCCAGAAGGCCGGAGGUUGAAGAUCGUGCCCCAAGGCCAUUUCUGCGGGACAUGCACAACAUAAGUCAUGGAAGUCAUCGAGGACAGAGGAGGGAAUACGAGGAUGACUCGGCUUGGUACAAGAACAGAAUCGCGGUAAGUUUUUCUACUAAUGCUGCAUAAAAUUUUUCACAUUGCGAUUAGCACGCUUUUCCACUGUCGAAAUUUUGCACAGUGCAAAUAUUUUUUUGCACGGUACAGGCGAAAGCACACCUGAUGGAAAUGUUACCAUAAGGUUAUCUAAUUCGUUAAAUUUGAUGAUUUCAGCAACUAGAAGAGAAAGUUGAAGGGACUUCUGACCAAUUGUACAAGAUCACCAACAAAUGGAUGCAUCAGACUAACCGGUAUGAGGAGCUGAAUGACAAAUAUCAUCGGCUGAAGGAGAAAUACAGCGUUCUCAAGCAGAAAUACGAGGACUUAGUGAGUUUCUUUAUAAUUGGGGUAAAAAAUUUAAGCUAGGAAAAAAAAAUUAAAAAUUUUUGUAUGGAGCGCCUUACGGUACCCUUUAAAUCGCCUUUUUCUAAGAUAGUAGAAGUAAUCAUAGUAUUUUUAGCAAAGCAGUAUUAUGAUGCACCAAACCCAGCUCCAACAGCCUCUAUUUAUGAACGCCCCACUCCAAGGAACUCCCAGCAAUUUCCCCAAUUAUUCCCUGCUGAAUCAGAAAUCAGCCUCGCUUCUGACCUCCCCAGUCCGCCCUCCCAUGCCCCCUCAAAUGCCCGGAAUGUCGCUUUCCAAGUUCGACGAGGAGGUGGAUGAAGUGAAGAACUUCCGAGGGGCUUCGGCUGGUGCUCGGGAGACUUUAAUGAGUGAAGCGAGCACUUCCCGGGUCUCAAAUGUCUCCAAUCCAUCGCUGACGGGUGCGGAGAUUUGUCGAGAAGGAAGUCUGAUGAGUAUCGAGAGGGGAAUCGACGUCUCCAACAGUGUCAUCCCCACCAAAGACGACGGGUAUCUGACUGGAGAGACGCAGGGAUCGAUCCGAGCCGAGGGAAUCCAUCAAGCCCUCAGGGCACAAUUCACUGUGCCCAGAAAGAUCAGACGAGCCAGUAGCCGGUAG